GAUCCUAGAGUUAGAGACUUAGAGGGAGGGAUUGGAUUUAAAAAUUUUCGAAAAUUUUGAAGGGUUUAAAGUCUAUUCUAUCCAGUGUAAAUUUGCUUUCGAAAAAGGUGAAAAGCUAAGGAAAGGUCUUCAAUUUUCACUUUUGUACUAACCUUUUUUUGUACUCUGGUCCCCCCACCUCAGAAUCUAUGGGUUACACUCUUUCCAUUUUUUUUUAUACAAGUAAGCAAAUAUCAGUUAUCAAAUUUGAAAGUUGAGAGGUUAUCAAAUGUGAAAAUACUUUUCAAUGUUUGAAGUGGUGUGAUAUGCAUGUGGAAAAAAUAUCACGUGAAAAUCCAAAUAUUGAAAAAUAGAUGUUAUAUGAUAAUAUGUAAAACCUUUUGGUCUAAUGUAAGAUUGAUGUGGGUAAAGGUUUGUUGAUGUUGUUUGUAAAAAAAAAAAUACAUGUCACGUGUUAUUAUUUUAGAAGCUUUUGACAAAGGAUAUUUGCUAACCCCGAUAAACGAAUAUUUGAUGAAAACAAGGGAGAUUUUUGAUUGAAUUGAUUCAGUUUAAAUUUGAUUAUAGGAGUUGAAAGUCAUAUAUUCCGAAGAAAAAUUAAAGAAAAAGAAGACGAAGGUGCAAUAAUGCAUACAGUUAUUCUUCAACUAGUGCAAUUAUUUUGUACUGCGUUGUUGUUUGAUAUCAUUGCUUGCCACAACUUAUCUUUGGAAUCAUCACGAAAUGAUACAUUACUGAACACUGAAGUCAGUUGCACAGCUAUAUGUAUGGACAGGAAUCAAACGGCGGCUCUAUCUAACUGUUACGAACAAUGUAAAAUGUCCAAUGAAAUGGCAUUGAAAAAUCUAAAAAGCAAUGUAGAUGAAAUAAUUCGUUUAAAAUGCCGAGACGAUGAUUCACUGACAAUUGAAGUGUAUGGCAAAAUGAUUCAAAAAACGAUUGAAACAAAUCCAGACCAACGGCAGUACCAAGGAUCGUUAUUUUUGUACAAAGUACAAGAAAAUGUGAAUGCCCAACGCAUAAUUUACAUUGCCGACUCACCAAUUGUGCAAGUGGAAAACUUACAGGAAAAUACAGUCUACAAUGUAACAGCUAGUAUUUUUGAUGGUAAUUUAAAUUAUCGCCAUUUGCCCAUGGUGUUGUUCAAAACAUUGUCAAAUGGAUACACACCAAAGAAAAUAUCAAAUGAAACCAUCAAAUUGAAUUACAAUAUUUCAAACGAUUUAAAGCAUCCAUUGAAAGUAAUAAUUUCAUGGGAACGUACUGAAGAUAUGACCUGCUACUACGAAUACAGUCUUUUAAAGAGAGACAUAAGUGUUUUUGAUGAUAUUGAACCAUCUGGUUUACAACAUUUGAAGCAAAGCGAACUGAAUGAAAUCAAAAGAAAUGUGUCGUAUGGAACGAAUUAUACAUUUGAAAUUUUCGGCUCCAAUAUGAAAAAUAAUUCAAAUGAAGGAGGCCAUUGCGUUUUUAACUUUACUACACCAACUUGUUAUGAAAGGCAUGGAAAUUUAUCGGAAAUGUGUCCUCCGGUUCCAUUGGCGAACAUCAGUUCGACGUCAGAGUUGAUUGGAAACGAUUUAUAUAACAUAAAUAUUACAUGGAAUUUACCAGAAAAACACCCGGUCAAUUACAAUGUAUCAUUAAAUCUAAGAACCAUUGGUGAUCAUAUAUCACAGGAUAUAAAUGGUACCACAAAUUUUGCCUUUUUUCCUGAAGUUAACAUUUCUGAUCCCGGUUAUGAUGUGACGAUUAUUGCGUUUUCAUUAAACAAUCAAAGAAUAAACGAAGCCAAUUUUAACUUGCCAAAAAAGUCUUUCUUCGAGAAGUGUUUCAGCUAUUGUCCCUUUGAAUUUUCUGAACUUUGUCUGUUUCCAGAUGAAUACAAUCAAACACUUAAAGUAAUUGGGAUUUUAUUACCAAUUUUGACAUUAUUGGGUGGCUCCUUUAUUUUCUUUGUGAUACGAUAUCGACAAAAUCAGUUGCGACAUAGAAAGGAAAUUGAUUCGAAAGAAAGGGAAUUGCAAAUAAUAUUAAAAUCGCAUAACGAAGAUGAAUUGGAAAUUGAUGCAGCAGAUGUAGUACUAUAUGAAGAGUUGGGCAAGGGAGAAUUUGGAAUUGUGAAAAGAGGAGUUUUGAAAGACAAGGAUAUUGCUGUAAAAAUGUUGAAAAAGGAUGCUUGUAUCGAUAAUAUCUUGGGAUUUCUGAAUGAAAUUGGUUUAAUGAAAUCAGUUGGACAACAUGAGAAUAUCGUUGGAAUUGUUGGCCAUUGCACCAAAUUGAACAAUAUUAUGUUGCUCACAGAGUAUUGCCAUGAAGGAAAUUUGCUGGAUUAUCUACGAAAAUUUCGUGCAUCAUUUUCGCCAGAAUUUUAUACUGACCAGACAAAUGUUAUAACACUUUCAUCGUUCGAAAAAUCAACUGAAAAUAUUUUCAACUUUGAUUCCAAGUUGGUUGAUAAAUUUACGCUCAAAGACAAAUCACUUUCGUUGUCAAUCGUUGAUUCGAAAACUCCACAAAAAAUGUUGGCGGAAACGAACAUAAUUUCCAACCGAUUAUACGACGAGGAUACAAUGAAUGAUCCAAACUAUAAAAAGGAACGUUCAAAAAUUCUAUAUGAAAAUGAAAACAUAAUUGCAUCCAAAUUGAAUGAAUGUAACAAUGCAAACCCCAAUGAAUUAGUUCAUAGCCGCAAAUGUAUGCAGAAACCAAAAAAUCUGGAUCGAAAAAUUGAAACGGGAACAAUUCUUUAUGAUUCGGAAGUGUUGGUUUUUGCUGAUAAUCAAGCAUAUGAACUUGUGUUGUCAGCGGAAAAUGGUCUCAUGGGCAGCAUGGAAAUGAAAUCAUCGAAAAUAGAUCAAAAUAGACUAAGCGAACCGAUUUCUUAUAUAACCGGAAGAGAUCUAUUGAUGUUUGCUAAACAAAUUGCAAAUGGCAUGGAAUUUCUCGCAAACAACAAGAUCGUUCAUCGUGAUCUGGCUGCUCGUAAUGUGCUUGUCUGUAGUGACAAAACGGUAAAAAUUGCAGAUUUCGGUUUGAGCCGAGAUAUUUACGUUAAUAAAAUCUAUAUGAAGUCUAGUCAGGGUCGAAUUCCAAUCAAAUGGCAUGCAUUAGAAUCGGUGAUUGAUAAUAAGUACACCAGCCAAAGUGAUGUAUGGUCAUAUGGCAUUCUGCUGUAUGAAAUCGUUACAUUAGGUCGAACACCAUAUCCAACAGUUCCAAACGAUUACCUAAUUGAUUACUUGAAGUCUGGAAAUCGCAUGUCAAAACCGCCCAAUUGCAGCCAGCAAAUCUAUGAUUUAAUGUUCUCAUGCUGGCACUGUGAACCGGGCGACCGACCAACUUUUAAUAAAAUAUCACGAAAAAUUGAGUGGUUCAUUCGCCAAUUCGACGCAAAUAAUUUUUGUUGAUAGAUCGAAAAAAUAUCUGAUAUUGAAAAAAAGAUAUACAUUUUCCAUUUAUUUUAGAAGAAUUUAUAGAGUAUCAAAUAGUCUUGGGGUCUAUCAUCAUUUUCAAAAUAUUUUUCAAACAAAUUAAGCAGACUCAUCGUAUCAGCUAGAUGAUUAGAUCGCUUCCAUUGUAUUUUUUCGAUUUUAUUGCCAAUUGUUUUCCUUUAAUAAAAAGUUUUUUUUUUAUAGUCGAAUCAACCAAUAUAAAAUCACAGUAUAUACAUUACAAAAAAAUCACAAAAUUCAAUUGACAAGUUAAUAAAUACUUUGCACAGAAUAUACGGAA